GUCCCUUCUCUCAACUGUUAGUAAGAACAAGAAGGGGAAGAAACGAUGGGUAGGCUUUUCCUCACCUACUUGGAAGGCAACUUCUAUGGUUGCAAGUACUGUAAGACGCAUCUGGCCCUUGAGGAUGACAUUUUGUCUAAGUCAUUCCACUGCAGUCAUGGGAAGGCCUAUCUGUUUGAUAAAGUUGUCAAUGUUACAUAUGGUGAGAAAGAAGAGAGAAUGAUGCUGACCGGAGUGCACACUGUUGUUGACAUAUUCUGUGUGGGUUGUGGCUCUCUUCUUGGUUGGAAAUACGAGCUUGCACAUGAAAAGCCUCAGAAGUACAAGGAAGGAAGAUUCAUUCUGGAGAGGUAUAUGAUAUUACGCCCGGAGGGAAACAACGAUGCAGUGAAUCAAGAUGCUGAGAUUGAUGGCAGUGAUGCUGAUGAAGAAUGAGUAACUGUGCUUUACUUUAGGAUAAAAAAUGUAAAAAUCAUUCUCCCAUUGCACAUUUACCUCUUUCUAAGCCUUCUUACAUCAAUUGAUGCAUGUAGUGUAGCAGCAUGAAGGCAAGCAUAGUCUGAGGAUAUUUGUAGUGUUAUAUAAUGGCAAUUGUUUUUCAAGUAGAAUUUAUGAACAA